AGGAGGAGGCCCUCUUGUCGGAGAUGGAUGUGACGGGCCAGGCCUUUGAGGAUAUGCAGGAGCAGAACAUCCGGCUGAUGCAGCAGCUCCGAGAGAAGGACGACGCAAACUUCAAGCUCAUGUCGGAGCGCAUCAAAUCCAACCAGAUCCACAAGCUACUGCGGGAGGAGAAGGAUGAGCUGGCUGACCAGGUCCUCACUCUCAAAACGCAGGUAGACGCCCAGCUGCUGGUGGUGCAGAAGCUGGAGGAGAAGGAACGUGUUCUUCAGAGCAGCCUAGCCAUGGUAGAGAAGGAGUUGACGCUGAGAAGCCAGGCGCUGGAACUCAACAAGAGGAAGGCAGUCGAAGCUGCCCAGCUGGCUGAGGAUUUGAAGGUGCAGCUCGAGCACACCCAGGCCAAACUGAAGGAGAUCCAAUCAGCCAUGUCUGACAACUGCUUCGCCAAAGAAAAGGAAGCCUUCAACCUCAAACGCGCGCAAGAGGAUCUUUCGAGGCUCCGACGGAAACUGGAGAAGCAGAAGAAAGUUGAGGUCUUCUCUGAUGCAGAUGAGAUCCUGAUGGAGGAGAUUAAGGAGUACAAGGCCAAGCUGACAUGCCCGUGCUGUAAUACCCGGAAGAAGGAUGCUGUGCUGACUAAGUGUUUCCACGUCUUCUGCUUCGAGUGUGUGAAAACCCGUUACGACACACGGCAGCGAAAAUGCCCCAAGUGUAACGCUGCCUUCGGAGCCAAUGACUUCCACCGCAUCUACAUCAGCUGAGGAAGAAGAGGACGAGGUGGACAACGGGAACUGCGGGAGGGGGAGGGAGCUGGAGGACGGUUUCUGGGGAGACGCUGUGCCUUGGGCGCCCGUGAGAGUUCACAUUCCACGUCCCUGCCCCCUCCCCAUGCCCCCACCCGCCCCACUCUGUCCCUCCCCACCUCCAUCACCCCCCCCCCAUUCUCUCUUCCCCCUCCAUCAUUCUCUCACUCUGUCUUCCCCCCUCCAACUCUCUCCCCCUCUCCUUCGUUCCCUCAUGCUGUCUUCCCCUCUCCGUCACUCUCAUACUAUCUCUUCUCACCUCCUCUCCCUCUCUCUCCCCCUGUCUGUCACCCCCGCAAUCUCGCCCCUGCUCCCUGUCACUCACCUCACUCACUCUCUCUCUCUCGCUCCUCCUCUCCAUCAUCCCUUCACCCUCUCCGCCCCUCUCUAUCUCUCCCCUGCUCUCCGUCAUCCCCUCACCCCCUACCCAAGUCUGUCUCUCUUGUGCCCCCUUCUUUCUGUAACGCCCUCUCACUCUGUUCUCCAUUCUCUGUCCUCCUCCUCUUCGUCACCCCCUCUCUCGUUCUCUCUCUCUCCCCUCCUCUCUGUCACCACCCCCAACCCUCUCAUUCUCCUGUCCCUGUCUCCCCCCACUCUUUCUCCUCCUAUUACCCUCUGCUGCGGUGUUCCCAGUGAAGCGGGGUAAUGCUCCUCCCCGGUGGCUGGGGUAGAGACCGUACCUUCGGGGUGGGUUCUGGCGGAGGGCGAGGAUUGGGAAUCAAAGCCAGGUUUGGUCCCGGCAAAGUGGAGUGGGGCUGGGGGACGGCGCACCAGCGCAGCCGAUAACUCUCAUUCCCCAAAGACUGCAGCACGCGUGCAAUCCUCUUCCUCCCUCGAUCGGUCCUGCCUCGUCGCUGCUCGCAGACGAGAUUGUGCGUCCCCUCCAUGUCCGCGCUGGCCCUGAUAGUGGUGGGGUGAUGGCGGGUGAGUGAUGGCGUUCUGGAACCUCUGUUGAGUUGUUGGCCCUCGUAUUUCAGUGCUUGGGCUGCUUUCCCAACCAGCAGGCACGUUGUUGAGCUCCCCUCCCACGAGGCCGUGCCACCAAUUGGCCGGUUUUCCUUCCACCGGCCAUUCUGAGCCAGCCGGCAACCAUUUUGAGCAUGUUGGCAGCCAUUUUGAGCCAGGCAGUAGGAAUUCCUCCUCCCCUCUCCCCUCCACAGCCUCUGGGGGACACCGUGUUUUAAAAGCCCAUCACAACGCGAUUCUUCUCUCUCAACUCACACUCUCCCUCUCUUUCUCUCCCUCUCCAUCCCCUUGUCUCGGUCCUCCUCCUCUCCCUGUUCAUCCCUCUCUGUCCAACCCCCCACCUCUCCUUUGUCUCUCCCUCCCCGCCUCAGUUGUCUGGGUGGGGUAACGGCGGCCAUGUUGUCUGUGGGGUUAGUGGCGACCAUGUUGUCUGUGGGGGUGGCGGCGACCAUGUCUGUGGGGGUGGCGGUGGCCAUGUUUGUGGGGGUAGUGGCGGCCAUGUUGUCUGUGGGGGUGGCGGUGGC